AAUUAUCAAAUCAUUUUGAACAAUCCAGAAAAUUCAAUACCAAUGCUUUCUUCAAGUAUCAGAAUACGUUAUUUACUGAUGAAUUACUCUUGGGUGUUUAAUAUAUUAGGUUGGGUAAUAAGUCUUUUCGUAUUUUGAGUAAAACUUCAAAGGGAUAUAUUUUUAGUUUUGAGCAACUUUAUUCAACCAAAUAUUAUCCAUAUUGUUUAACCACCUUUUGCCAUUUUUCGGCUAAAGACAUAAUUCCUUUAGUGUAAAAACUCCGUGGUUUAUCGUUAAAAAACUGUGACACGAUGUUUUCACAUGCUUCUCUUGAAGGUAGCGAUACUCCACUAAGGGAGUUUUGCAUAGAACCAAACAAGUGGUAAUCCGAUGGUGCAAGGUCUGGGCUAUAUGGAGGAUGCAUCAAAACUUCCCGGCCAAGACUCCCAGUUUUUUCCGAGUCAUCAAAGAUGUGUGUUGUCUAGCGUUGUCAUGGUGGAAGACGAUGGCAUUUCUGUUGACCAAUUCUGGCCGUUUUUCAUCGAUUGCUUGCUUCAAUCUCAUCAAUUGGUCACAGUAAAGUCUAGAAUUAAUAGUUUGACCAGUCUGGAGUAGCUCAUAAUGAUUGAUUCCUCUCCAAUCCCACCAAACGCACAGCAUAACCUUCCGUGGCGUCUUCCUGGCUUUGGGACUGUUUGUGUAGCUUCUGCAUUCUUGCACCAUGAUCGUUUUCGCACGUUAUUGUCGUAUUUGAUCCACUUUUCAUAUCCUGUAACCAUUCGCUUCAGAAACGGUUCGAUUUCAUUCCGUUUCAGCAAAGAAUCGGAGAUGUUAAUUCGGUGAAUUAAAUUUUUCACAGACAAUUCAUGCGGUAUCCAAAAAUUGCGCUUUUUUUUGUAGCCACCCUUUUUUAAAUGGUUCAAAACCGUUUUAUAGUGAAGGUUUAGUUCCUUAGCGAUGUAAUGGCUGCUUAUGUGACGAUCCUGGUCUAUCCUUACAAUAAUUUCAUCGACUUCAGCAACGAUAGGUCGACCAGAGCGAGGUGCAUCUUUCACAUCAAAAUUUUCAGAACUGAAGCAAGCGAACCAUCGUUAUGCUACAUGAACUGGUUCAGCAUCGUCCCCCUAAACAUCACAAAUUUAAUUGGAGCCUUGCGUGGCAUUUUUCCCAUUUUUGUAGAACAUUUUCAAAAUAUAGCGAAUUUCUUCACUAUUUUCACUCAUCUUUGAACAGCUAUAACUUUUUGGCCACUGCUCCAAAUUCUGUUUUGUUUUGAUUAAAAGAUACAUCAAAUGUCCCUUAAAACAACGUGGUAUGAUAUGACAUAAUGUGAUUUAUAACGGUGGAGAUAGACGACUCCAAAGCCAUCUAUUGCAAAAAUACGAAAAGACUUAUUACCCAACCUAAUAUAAUUGGAUUAAGACUAUUGAUAAAAGAUGUGCAAUGCGGCCCCUAAAAAUUUAAGUGAUCACUUUGUAUGGCAGAUCCAGAAAACUAAACGCUUAUGAGCCCCUUACCUUUUAUCAAUAGCACAAUAGCCUUGAAUAUUCUGUAAGAAAAUUAUUUAGUUCAUUUGAGAUCACAUGAUCAAAUUGCAAUCGUGAAACGUAUCGUUUUAGGUAACUGCUCCAGAGUACUACAAAGGACCAACAGACAUGUCAGAUGCUAUUCAUGACUUAUACAUGCGAGCCAAUUUUCCAAUCAUCAAUGAACUUAUGUACGAUAUGAAUUUCACUCUAAACUUGAUUCAAGUAGAUUCUGGAGGAUGGAAAAUAAAUGGAUCCUUCAGUGGUCUAUUUGGCAGGUUCCAGAAUCGCUCCAUUGAAUUAGGGUGUACUGGAACGUUAAUGCGCACUGAAUGACUAGAGGUAGUAGAUUUCACUACCGUCACAAUUUUGAUAAAAAGUAAAAUUAUUUUUCGGCAACCUCCUCUGUCAGUUGUGUCGAACAUAUUUGAACUGCCUUUCAGUAAGGAAGUUUGGCUAUCAUGUUUUGCAUUAAUGACUGUGUACUGGGUAUCUAUGAUGGUGGUGUGCUUUUGGAUGAAUGUAGAUUAUUUUACGCCGCUGGAAUCCUUAUUGUACAUUGUAGGAGCUAUGUGCCAAAGAGGUUCCGAUUUCAUACCACAUCAUAAUGGUAUCAGACUGCUGAUGUUUUCGAUGCAGCUUACAGCUUUUUUCAUUGUAACAUCAUACUCGGCCAGUAUAGUUGCACUCCUCCAGAGUCCAAGUCGUGCGAUCUCCAGUGUUGCAGACUUAGCUAGAUCUCCAUUAUCCGCGGGAGUGAUGGAUACAAUUUACGGGCGAGUAUACUAUACAGAAGCACAAGAUCCGCAUGUAAAAGAACUAUAUUUGAAGAAGAUUAAACCUUAUGGCGAAAAGUCUUUUAUCGAGGCUGACGAAGGAAUAGCACGUGUGAAAAAUGAUUUUUUUGCGUUCGAGGUAUAUAAAUGAAUAAUUUAUGUCGUUUUCCCCAUGAUAAUAUUCAAUUAUUCUUUCUUUAGGCAGAAGAAAAUGCGGCCUAUAAACUGGUGAAAGAAACAUUUGAGCCGCACGAUAUAUGCAAGUUACAAGAGCUUAGGGCCAUUAAAUUGCCGCCGUUCGGCAUUCCUAUAGUGAAAGGGAGUAAGUACCGUGAGAUCUUUCGGCAGCGG